ACCGCGAGCUGAAUAAAAAUACAGUGGCAGAUACUGUAUCAGGUCAGGUGAAAAGAAUUAACAGUAUAGUUAAAUAUUAUUUUAUACUUGGAUAUCCAGUAGAAACCAGGACCAUUUCCUCAGCUGGCUGGCAAGUCUUCAAAGUUCGCAAGACAGCGAAGAGUGACAGCUCCUGACCCGUGGGCGGAGGCCUCUCCGCGGACCGCGCUCUCACCACCAUGACGGACGAGGAUUCUGGGCAGUGAGCGGAGUCAUGGACUGGGAGGACCUGGAGCCUGCCUGUGGGUGACACCCCCACCUCCCCCUCCCCGGCUGGGCAGACAGGCACAGCCGCGGCACACACACCAGAGCCACACAGCCGAAGCUGGGCGGUAGCAUGCAGUCUGACGAGGGGACGGAAUGGCUCCUGGAGCUCCUGAUGGAAGUCCAGCUGCAGCAGUACUUCCUGCGUAUCCGCGACGACCUCAACGUCACCCGCCUCUCGCACUUCGACUAUGUCAAAAACGAGGAUCUGGAGAAGAUCGGGAUGGGGGGACCGGGGCAGAGACGGCUGUGGGAGGCGGUCAAGAGGCGGAAGGCCCUGUGCAAGCGCAAGUCCUGGAUGAGCAAGGUGUUCAGCGGGAAGAGGCCCGAGGCGGACUUCCAGCCCCAGCCCGCCUCCACCUUCCGCAAGCCGUCCCCCACCCCGCCGCCCGGGGAGGGCCAGCAGCAGGCCCUCAUGUGCCUCAUCAGCGACAAGGACCUGGUCCUGCUGGAGAAGCUCGGGGACGGCUCCUUCGGCGUGGUCAAGCGCGGGGAGUGGUUCACCCCCACCGGGAAAGUGCUCAACGUGGCCGUGAAGUGUCUGAAAACGGACGUGCUGAACCAGCCAGACGCCCUGGACGACUUCAUCCGAGAGGUGAACGCCAUGCACUCGCUGGAUCACCAGAACCUGAUCCGGCUCUACGGCGUCGUCCUCACGCACCCCAUGAAAAUGGUGACGGAGCUGGCACCUCUGGGCUCCAUGUUGGACCGCUUGCGAAAAAACCAGGGGCACUUCCUGAUCUCCACGCUGUGCCAGUACGCCAUCCAGAUCUCCAACGGCAUGGCCUACCUGGAGUCCAAGCGCUUCAUCCACCGGGACCUGGCCGCCCGCAAUAUCCUGCUAGCCUCCAGCGAGCUGGUGAAGAUCGGAGACUUUGGCCUCAUGAGGGCGCUGCCCAAGAACGACGACCACUACGUCAUGCAGGAGCACCGUAAGGUCCCCUUCGCCUGGUGUGCUCCUGAAAGUCUGAAGACACGCACGUUCUCUCACGCCACUGACACCUGGAUGUUUGGCGUGACCCUCUGGGAGAUGUGCACCUACGGCCAGGAGCCCUGGCUGGGGCUCAACGGCAGCCAGAUCCUUCAUAAGAUCGAUAAGGAAGGGGAGCGUUUGCCCAAACCGGAGGACUGUCCUCAGGACAUCUACAACGUGAUGCUGCAGUGCUGGGCCCAGAAGCCUGACGACCGGCCCACGUUUGUGGCUCUGCGCGAGUUUCUGGUGGAGACAAUGCCGACCGACAUGAGGGCCCUGCAGGACUUUGAGGAGCCGGACAAGCUGCUCAUCCACCUGAACGACGUCAUCACCAUCAUCGAGGGCAGGGCGGAAAACUACUGGUGGCGGGGUCAGAACAAGAGCACGCUGAAGGUGGGGCAGUUCCCCCGCAACGCCGUGACCUCGGUGGCCGGCCUCUCAGCCCACGACAUCAGCCGGCCGCUCAAGAACAGCUUCAUACACACGGGUCAUGGCGACACCAACCCCCACCGCUGCUGGGGCUUCCCCGACAAGAUCGACGACCUGUACCUGGGGAACCCCAUGGACCCCCCGGACAUCCUGGGACUGGACUUCAAGGCUGCUCGCCCCACUCAGCUCCCAGGACGCGCCAAAAAGGAGCCUCCUCCUCGGCCGCCCCAGCCCGCCCUGCUUGUCCAGAAGCCGUGCUACGACCCGGUGGCUGAAGACGAGGAGCAGAGCGCGUCGGGUCUGAAGCGUCUCUCCCUGCGGAAGCCGGGGCCGGUGAAGGGGCUGAAGCUGCGGCCGGCCGUCUGGGUGUCGGGCGCGCGGCCGGGGGAGCGUUCGGCCCCGCUGUACGGCAGCCGCAGCGCGGGCAGCACCCCCAGCGAGGUGUCCCUCAUCGACUUCGGCGAGGAGUUCCCCCCGGCCACGCCCUCGCCCUCCCCCGUGGUGGAGACACGCGUCCCCUCGCUGGCCAGGCUAGCCCUGGAGGCGGAGUCUAUACUGGACACAACCCCGCCCCAGAGCCCCUCCCGGACCCUGCCCCGCCCCUUGCACCCCACGCCGGUGGUGGACUGGGACGCCCGGCCCCUCCCCCCGCCCCCGGCCUACGACGACGUGGCGCAGGACGAGGAGGACGUGGAGGUGAGCUCCAUCAACAGCGGCGAGCAGCAGGGCGCCGUCUACGCCCCCGUGGCGGACGAUGGGGAGGGGCCUGUCGCCGGGGAGGGGCCCGCCGUCGCCAGGGAGGGGGGAAAGCCCAGAGUGGAGGACAACCUCUUCCUCCCCAGCCAGCCCGGCCAGAACAGCAGCUUCUCCCAGUCGGCGGAGAUCUUCCAGGAGCUCCAGCAGGAGUGCAUGCGGAGGCUCAACGUUCCCACGGGCUCCUCCCUCUCCCCGUCGCCCAGCCCCCCCGGCCCGGACGGCCCCCACCGCCAAAUCGUCCUCCCGUGCUCCUCCUCCGAGGACAGGCCCCAGAUCCCGCCCCGCGUCCCCAUCCCGCCGCGCCCCAUCAAGUGCCGCUCGGACUACGGCCGCCGCUCCGGGGACCUUUCCCCCGCCUCGGGGGGCGAGGGCGAGGACGGCCGGGAACGCCCGCCCCAGAUCCCGCCCCGCGACCCCCUGUCCCAGCCCAGCUCGCGCACACCCAGCCCCAUGGGGCUCCUGGUGGGCUCCCCUCCUCAGCGGGCCAGCCUGAACUCCGCCCUCCCCCUGGGCUCCUACCUCUCCACCUCCCCGGGCAAGCUGAUGCCCACCACCCAGAGCUUCGCCUCCGACCCCAAGUACGCCACGCCCAAAGUGAUCCAGGCCCAGGGCAAGGAGUGCGCCCGGGCCCCCUGCAUCCUGCCCAUCGUCCGGGACGGCAAGAAGGUCAGCAGCACCCACUACUACCUCCUGCCCGAGAGGCCUCCCUACCUGGACCGCUACGACCGCUUCUUCAAGGAGGCCGAGGGCGUGGAGGACAAGCGGGCCGCCAACACGGCCACCGUGCGUCCCAUGAUGCAGCAGCAGCACGGCGAGCUCAAGGCCAACUUCUCCUCCAAUAACAACAGCACCCUGGCCGUCAGGUCCGUCCCCAGGACAACUGGCAGCCUGCCCAAGCUGGGAGGGGACACGCUGGCCGGGAGGUCCGACUGGCUGGGUACCUCGGAUCGGGUCAAGCUGGUGCAGGAGGCAGUCCAUGGCGUGACCAUAGAGGAGUGUCAGGCAGCCCUGCAGAACCACAGCUGGAACGUGCAGAGGGCGGUGCACUAUCUGAAGGUGGAGCAGCUGUUCUGCCUGGGACUGAAGACCAGGGUGGAAUGUCUUAAGAUUCUGGAGAUGUACGACUGGAACCUGGAGCUGGCCAGCACCCAGAUGCUGGACUCCUACGGCUCCGUCAGACAAAGGCGUUGACGGCGAGUCCUCGUGCUCUUUGACUGACAGCGGAAGGCCGGAGCCCGCUCCUGUUCCCGGGCGCGCACGUGCAGCUGCUCACCGCGGGAGAGAGCCCCGCCCGAACCAGACUCGCUCUCGUACCUCCGUCUGCCCCGACACAAAGGCGCAUUGGCCAUAGGACCGGGGCCCACUGACCGUAGGAUUUUCAGUGGUAGCGCGCGUUCACGAGUAAGGAAAGAAAACGCCCUGUCUGCUGUCCUCCACGCUGCAAUACUGCGUUUCAGCAGAGGUCAAAGUUCAACCAGCCCAGUAUUGAGUCUGACCGGAAGCGUGUUGCUGUUCCACACCUCGUCAGAUACCUUGUUCUUUUCUACAGAGUUCUAUAUGAUAUAUAGAGGAGAGGAAUAUAUAUUUCUUUCUUUGCAUUCAUAUAUUUGCAUCAAAUAUGUCUUGUCUUGGUUUGAAAUGUUUUAUGGUUUUCGUAUGGUCUGUAUGGAGAGGAUAUUUUGGCAAUGUUGGAGUUUGUAUAAUUUGAUUAAAGUUUUCUCUUUGUUCUCUAAAACACAAAAGCCCAAUUUAAGAGAUCCUAAUGCCGAUUUCUUUCAUGCAGCACAACCAAGGUGACUUUGCAAUAGAACCAAAGGGGCUAUGAGGUCCUGUCUAUCUUAACUGGAUCUGUCCUCUCAAAGGCCUUUUCUGUGAUAGCUCAGUCAUUCUCAUUCUCUGUGAUUUGAUUGUGCUUUCUCAGCUAUUUCUCUGAUUUCUCAGUCCUCUGCCUCAUUCAGCUCUCAGUAGUUUCUCACUUUCAAUAGCUAUUUCAUUGAAUGCCGAUGCGUCUCUGAUAUUUGAUAAUUUGAUCAUGACUCCUCAUACGCUAAAGAUAUGGAAGCAGUAUAUGCUAUACAUUUACUAAAAUGUAAUUUGUGUCUACGUGGCAAAAUGUGAAAUCCAAAAUAUAGGAAUAAGGAGUAAUGGUAAAAGUACACUGCACACAUUACAAAAGGCAUAUGUAAUUGCUAUUUUCACAUCAGCGACUUUUCUUCGAUUUUUGUGAAAUGGUCUACAGUUUGCAGUGCAGUGCACAAAUCUGCAUAUAUGAAAGAUUACAUUUAAGUUUCCAAAAUUAAUUCAGUAUGUCUGGAUAUCUUCAAGUAAUGCUCAGUUUGUUCUUUGAUUAUAUACUUUUAUGUGGAGUACUUUCACAGAUGCAGAGAACAGGAAAGAUUUUGAAAGGUAAUAUUUAAUGACAAUAAUUUCAUAGCACCCAGGUGAUGUUCAAAAUUACAGCUGUUAGUAUCCAGUCCAAUGAAAAGCACCCACGUGGUGGAAGAUACUGCUUAACUGUCCUUAGUAUAGGAACUGUAUGUGCUGCUUGCUCAGUAAUUAGCACAAUAUAUUCAUAUGCUUUAAAUUCACCUGUGAAUAGAUUUAUUUGUGAAUCAUAACACCAUACAUGGUUGGGAUAUUUACAAAAAGAAUUUACUUUCAAAAGCAGAAUCCAUAUAUUUCCUAACUAAUUCCAGUGCAAUGGAACAAAUGUAUUUCAAUGGUAUUUGUACUAUACUGUUAAAUGCAUGCUUAACCAUGGUCUUCCUAUCUCUUGUGACAUUAUUGCUGCUACUGCCAGUGUGUGUGUGUGUGUGUGUGUGUGUGUUUGUGUGUGUGCAUGCAUUGUGUACACACAUGCUCUCAGAACUUCUGUUUUCAGGUAGCGAAGCCCUGGGGCAUGUUGAUCGCAGUGGAUCUGAGUUGCAUCUUAGUAACAGACCUUACAAAGUGCUCUGCGAACAGUAGAUGAGCCAUAAAGCUUAAUCUUUGUGCAUAUUGAUUCUCAAUGCUCUACCUACUGGUCACCCUAAUUCAUUUCGGUAGACGAGUCACUGUAUUAGUAGCUCCAGUGGUGUUUCUCGCAUAGUCCUGAGUGACUACAUAGAAUCAUAUAUAUGUGUAUAUACUGUUGUCCCAAAGUGACGGCAAGGCUCCUUUGCUGUAAACGCAUAGACAAAAGCAUAGGCUCUGAAGUCAUUGGUGUAAGUCUUUGUGAGUCAACCUGGUGUCAUCCUGCAUCAAGCCCUGUCCAGUCUUACCUUUAUGCGUGCUACUUUUUAUACAAACUACUGUAUUGAAAUGUGCAUUGUUUGUAGUGUAAUGAAAACGAGACCCUCAAAACGUUUACGCCCAUGUUGUACGUCCAUGUGCCCGAUCCAGUCUCCACAUACAUGCCCAUUGUGUUUCACGUGUUCUACAUGUUCUGAAUGGUUGUACAAUUAAAUACUUUUUUUAGGUCCUGGAUGUCAGAAAUUGUGCAAGACAUAAUGUUGCCAAUCAGAAAUGUAUAUAUGUAUUUUUUAUUAAAAAUUAACUAUUUUUUA